AGUGGAGUGGAACAGUUAUUCCAAGGAGACCACAAGUGUCUCCUUCUUUCUUCUCUCCCAGUCAACCCACUCUCCUCUAGAUUAUCUCCACAAAACUGUAUUAGUGGUGCUUCAGUUUACUCUUCCAUGAUCCUCCAUCACCUUUUGCUCAUUACUACAUCUUCUCUUUGUGUCCACAACAAGCUUCUUAUUCAUCAGACACUGCUAUCAAGUUUUAGAUAUGUUUGACAUACUCUUCGGUUGGUCCAAAGCUUCAAAAUGUAAGAAGGCUAUCAAAAGAGCAAGGUGCAGGCUCAGGAUACUCAAGAACAAGAGGCAGGCAAUAGUGAAGCAAAUGCGAAAAGACUUGGCUGAGCUAAUACAAAGUGGCCAUGAAGAAACUGCUAUUAACCGGGUUGAGCAGCUCAUAGAAGAUGAAAGCCUGGCUGCUGCAUAUGAAUUGUUAGAUCACUUCUGUGAAUUUAUCCUUACGCAACUAUCCUAUAUCCGAAGGCACAAGGACUGUCCAAAUGAUAUAAAGGAAGCAAUUUCUAGCCUUAUAUUUGCUUCAGCAAGAUGUGGGGAUCUUCCUGAACUCUCUGUCAUUAGGAAGCUAUUUGGACAGCGUUAUGGUGAGAGGUUUGUAACUACAGCAGUGGAGCUAUGUCCAGGGAAUCUUGUAAACAAACAGUUAAAAGAGAACCUGUCAGUGAAAUAUGUGCCGGAUGAUCUGAAGUACAGAGUGGUGGAUGAAAUAGCUAGGGAUAGCUGCCUCCAACAACAGGUUUUAGCCAUACAAUACUACCCCGAUUGGAAGCAAGUGCAGGUGAAAGAAGACAAAGGGUAUCAACUAGUGGAAAGUGAUGCCCAAAUAAGUUACACAAAUGAAGGGUCUAAAGUCCACCCUUCAGAAGCUGAAGAGAUAAAAAGAGAUAUGACAUGUGUUGAUUCAUCUAUUCCCAAACCAAGUGACUCUUGUUCUCUACCUGAAUCUAGCUUAGCUAAUACUUCUGCCAUAGUGUCUUCUGUUCAACAAUAUCCCCCAUAUAUCCUGAGUUGUCCUUUGCAAAAGAAAGUAGUAGAGGUAGACUUUCCUGAGCUACUUUCUUCUAUAAAUACUAGUCUGCAAAUCAAGGGGAAAAGAAUGGCUUUAGCAAAAGAUUAUGUUGAUGACAUUGAGGAAUGUCAGUUUUCUGUACCAAAAGAUGGUUCCUGCCAGGACCAAAUGCUAUUUAAGUUCAGAUCCUUUGGUCUGUCCAUGAGACAAAAUUUUCAAUUUGAUUAUGAUGAAAGUGAUACAGAACAAGAUGAAUCACAAAGUGAGAAAUCAAGCAUAAGGACCCCAAGAAGGAGCAAAACGUCAACUGAGAGAAGAUCAAGAAGGAGAUCAGCCUCCCUGGAAAACCUAUGCAUUAUGGAUAUUGGAUACAUGACAUAUUAUCACAAGCCAUGCAGAAGUCGCUCUUCUCAUAAACAUGGUACUCAUUACAGCAGAAAACACCAGAAGCCUUCACUAGAAGGAAUAGCUCAACCAAGUUAUGCCCAGAAGAGACUGAUGCUACAUAGUUUCUUAGAAAAGGAAAAUAUUUUACAGUCAAUUCAAAGGGAAGAUUCCUCAAUGAGAAAAAUUUUCAAGUUUAAAAUGAGCAGCUGCAGUUUGGACCAGCCUUGUUAUCUUUGCCUUUAUGAUGAUAAAGACUGUUUGGAAGCUCCAUCAAUGAAGCCAAAGAGAGGAAUGAGAGCUACACAAGUUCAACAAGGAGUUCAUCAAUGUUGUCAUUGCCAACCCUUUUGGAGUGAUGAGUUGAAACAGGGAAAAGAAUUGGUUACUAUCCCCCAGAGAUCAAAUAGGAAGAGUUAUAGCGGUGUAGCUGAUAAUCAUGUGUUCAACAACCAAGAUUGCCAGGGUGGUAAUGGAAACAAUGAAAUAAAAGAAGAGAUCUCUUCUUCCCCCAAUGUUUCCAAUCCAAGGACUACUGAUUCCUUAACAAGAAUAGAAACAGAAGCUCCCUACUCAAGGGCCAUGACAAUGCCCCAAGAGCGACAUGGAAACAGCAAAGAUAAGAUGUUAAGGACAUAUUCAUGUCCUUCUCAACAUCCUAAUCAUGUUCAUCCUAAGCUGCCAGACUAUGAUGACAUAGCUGCCAAGUUCACUGCUCUCAAGAGAGAGCACCUAGAGAAUAAAGACUGCAAUAGAGACCAACAACGAAAGUAGAGGAGGCAUAUGUACAGCAUUUGUAUGGUACUGCCACAUUUGAAUUACCCGUUAAAAUAACUUUGUAUGAGAUUGAUUUUAGAUAUCAUUAAAUAUUCUUUAACAUUCAUCCAGGUAAUACUACAAUGAUUAUUAUUAUUU